AUUGUAGCUACCCAUAUAGACAGCUGAUUAAGAUAGUACUAAAUUGAAACAAUGUGGAUGAAGACCGUGUUCUGGGGGCUCCUAGUAUUCAUGCUCGUGGCGACAACAAUGGCGGUCGAGUAUGGUGCAAGGAGCCAUAACAGUGGUCCUUGGAGUUGGUGCGAUCCGGCGACGGGCUACAAGGUGAGCGCACUCACGGGCUGCCGGGCAAUGGUGAAGCUCCAGUGUGUGGGCAGUCAGGUGCCCGAGGCUGUCCUAAGAGAUUGCUGCCAGCAGCUGGCCGACAUCAACAACGAAUGGUGCAGGUGCGGGGACCUCAGCAGCAUGUUGCGUAGUGUUUAUCAGGAGCUCGGCGUGCGUGAGGGGAAGGAGGUGCUCCCAGGUUGCCGGAAGGAGGUGAUGAAGCUCACGGCGGCGAGCGUGCCUGAGGUCUGCAAGGUGCCCAUUCCCAACCCGUCGGGAGACAGAGCAGGUGUCUGCUACUGGGCCGCGUAUCCGGACGUCUAGUCAAGCGAAUCUGCAUCUUAAUUGGUGCGGUGCGUGCGCACAAGAUAAAUAAAAUUAAGUAAUGGUGUAUGUGCCUCUGCGAGAUGCAUGGGUCAUGAAUAAAUGUGAACUUUGUUUCCUGUUGAUGGAUUA